UUGUGAGUGUGUGUAUCCAGAGUUUAUCAGGAUAGCGGACCACAUGUGUUGAACAGCCUUUUUUCUUCACUUUCAGCAGUUUUAAAGUCUGAAAAUACAUUAAAUGGGAUUAACAGCUUCACGGUCCAACAAAAUCGAAAGGGAUGAUGCCGACGUUGACCACGCACAUAUCAGUACCAAGACCCUCCUACUCCCAGGCCAGGGAGAACCUGGUGAAAGCGAUCCCACCCAAGCUGCUCUGUCUGCUGGCCUGUGGAGGAAUAGACUGUCGCUAUGAGGGACCAGACUGCUGGAAAUUGAACCAACAAGUAAUUCGAGGUCUUUUCUCCUCCUGGGUGACCGAUGAUAUAGUUGCUAUGACACGACCAUCCAACCAUCUAAUUGAGAAGUACAGCAUCAUAGAUCAAUUCCACAGGUUAAACAUCAGAUCGAUCAUCAACAUGCAGCUCCCAGGGGAGCACGCUCACUGUGGACCUCCUCUAGACCCUGAAAGUGGUUUCACGUACUCUCCACAGAUCUUCAUGGAUAAUGACAUUUACUUUUACAACUUUGGGAUGCCAGACUUUGGAGUGUCAUCUCUUGUCGGUAUAAUCGAUGGGGUGAAGGUUCUGGCCUUCGCAGUGAAGGAAGGCAGGGUGGCUGUGCACUGCCAUGCAGGCCUGGGCAGGACAGGCGUCCUGAUAGCCUGUUAUCUGAUCUACACCCUCCGCAUCAGCCCAAGUGAGGCCGUCCACUACGUGCGGAUCAAGCGCCCCCGUUCCAUCCAAACUCGAGCACAGAUCAGUCAGGUGUUUGACUUUGCUCGCCUGCUUGGCACUCAGCUGGUUCAGUAUCCAGAUCUCAGCCUGCGGCACGGAGCUCCUUUCACCCUGCAGCACUACCUAAACCGACAGGGGCUACUGCUGCAUGGCCAGGAGGCACGCAAUCUAAGACACACACCCAAGGUGGUGUACCUCCUGUGUGUGCGUCUCUCCUGCUUAGCGCUGGGUCACCCGUCUCCUCCAGAGGCCCACACUGAGCUGGACAAAAGAUCAGCAAUUAGGGAGCUGAGCAGGACUGUGAGAGAGACCCUGGUGGCCAAGCAGUACUUGCCCUUGUUGAGAGACGUUCGUAAGGGCUCCUGGGCAGGUUCAGGGUCGGUGUCCUCCUGGGAUGAACCGCUAGGAUUCUUAGAGAGGAAGAGAGAGGUACUGCUGGACAAACGCAGCUACAGUGACUCUGACCUCAGCAAGAUCACAGUAAAUGAGGAUAUGGAGCUGAGUCCAUUCUGUUCUGCAGCACUUGGAAAUGAGAAAAACUGGUGUGUUCAGGAUCUGAUACGAGCUGAUCUGAGACCAGUUAGUCCGGUCCUUGCCACACUUUCACCAGGCCAUCAGACUACCAAAAAGGAAUCUCAUACACUCCACAUCCGAGCGUCCGGUGGGAAAACAAGCGGCAGCUGUGCGAACAGAUUUAAGUGCACAGCUAAGAAGACACUUCCAAAACGCAGCUCCAAUAUGGAGUUGUACAGAAAUCCAAGCAAUCCAGGCCCAACCUCGAUGGCUCGUCCCGUUGCUAAAGCAAUGGCAGAACAAGGUCCUCCGGGGGAAACCAUUCUGCAAAGGUCGGCUCUGCUGCAGGAGGAACUGAACAGCAGUGACUGUGGCUGGGCUCUGCUGGUCACUGAGUCGGAUCCUCAAGUUCUCUGUUGUCUCUUGUGGACCUGGCUGGAAAAGUUGAGGGAGCCUAUUCUGAGUGCUGAGGAUGUGGAAAGGUUGAAUGUUGGAGCGAUCAACCGGAAGCCUCUUUGUGUGCUUAAAAAGCCACAGAGACACACCAUCUAUUGUGUGCUGAGCUGUGUGAACACCGUGACCGGCUUGUGUCCACACAGAGAGGAUGCAGUGCUCCAGCGGCUGAUGAGGGCACUUACAAGGCGCCCUCAAGAGGAACUUGGAAGUCUUACACCUUUGAUGAAAGUCCUGAAGGCCAGUUUGAGAGAAACAUUCCACAACUACAGAUACCUUAUGAGAGCCUGCAGCACCAACGCUACACUUUGAAGAGCAGAGUCCAUAUUAUAACAAAAUCUAGUAGAGAAGAUUGUGGCAUUUUUUGCACCCAAGUGUGGGCAAAAUCAAAAUGCAAACGAGGCUUUUUUUCACAGAAGACAUUUUGACAUGUCACAAUAGUAAAAGCAAGGCUGCAAACAAUUAGAUAGCUGGGUCAAUAUAUAAUUGAGGGACUUUUGAGUUCCACGGGAUAUAUCUUGCAUAUAUUUUUAUUAAAAGUAAAAACACAAAUUUUUUUAAAGUUCAUUAUGAUCAUGUCUUUACAAAUUCCAUAAUUAUUUAUUAUGGAAACAAUCACUUAUUAAUAAAAAAUUACUGGAUAUCACUAAAAUAUCAACUAAAUAACCGUCUGAAUUUAAUAACAGCCACCUUCUAAUAAGCUAAACAAUAAUAAAAUGAGCUCAUUCAAAAAUAGUUUUGAUUGUGUUCUUUUUAUUAAGUUUAGAUAAUCAUGACAGACAUUUCUUUUUUGGCAAUAUAUCAAAUUUUAUAUGGAAAAUAGCGAAUUUUAUCUGUGUCCCAGAAAUCACUUUCAGCUAAGUUCCCCAUUACAAAAACACCUCUCCGGGAAGUGUGUCAAUUCCAGAUCACAUGACCUGCUCCACAUGAUGUCAUUUCCUCCUGAAGAAAAGCCUGGCCAGACUCCAAGGCUUUCUGACUUAUUUAAUAUAAAGUAUUGUGCAGUGGCGUGCGCAGACAUUUUGGAGACCAGGUGCUCAGUGGAAAAAAAGGGCACUUUGUGCAGCGUGUAGAACCACUGGCUGCCUUAAUGUAACAGUGUGAGAUUUGAAAAAAUAAAAAAAAUCAGGAACACA